AUGGAUGUCAAGAACCCCAACAAGGAGCACAGAACCACUCCCGAGUACGCAGAGUACCAGAGAGACAAUUUCUGGGCUGACAACGAGGGAAAGGUGCCUCCUUUCAACACUCGUAAGCAAUNNCCUGACAAGCUCGAGGAGAGAGCAAAGGAGAAGCUCUCAGAGGGUGGCUGGUACUAUGCCUCCUCCAAUGCCGGCUACUCAACAACACAUCUGGCCAACCGUCAGGCCUUCUACCGCCAUCGCAUCAUCCCCCGCAUGCUAGUCGACACCAACAAGCGCGACACUGCUUGGGAGAUUUGGGGCCACAAGACCAGUGCACCUAUCGGAUUCUCUCCCAUUGGUAUCAACAAGAUCUACAACCCUCUCGGAGAGCUCCCUGUUGCAAAGGUUGCCAAAGAACUUAACCUGCCGUAUUGUCUGAGUACUGCUGGCUCGCAGCCCAUCGAGGAUGUCGGUGCUGCUAAUGGAGAGGGUCCUCGUUUCUUCCAGCUGUACAUGCCACAUGACGAUGAGUUGACGGUAUCGCUUUUGCGCAGAGCCAUCGAUUCAGGCUUCACAGCCUGUAUUCUGACUGUCGACAACUACGCUUUCUACCACGGCAUUGGUGCUGACCUGGGUCUGUCCGACCCAGUCUUCCAGAAGAGACUCGCUGAAGACGGCAUCGACCCUCAAAAGGAACCUAACAAAGCAGGUGCCAAGUGGAUUGACAAUGUCUGGCACGGCAGAGCCCACAGCUGGGAGAAGAUGCCUUGGCUCAUCAAGACAUGGAAGGAGAUGAGCGGCGGCAAGCCUUUCGCCAUCAAGGGCAUUCAGACAACCAUGCUGGAAGACAAGUCGACGGCGCUGUUGCAAGUCUUGACGCUUUGGAACAGAUUGUCGAUGNCCGUUGGCGACAAGAUCUACAUCAUGUUCGACUCUGGAGUGCGUGGUGCCUCGGACGUCUUCAAGGCUCUUGCACUGGGAGCCAAGUUUGUGUUCGUCGGCAGACUGUGGGUCUGGGGCUUGAGCAUCAUGGGCGAACACGGUGUGAGGCACGUCAUGAAGUCGCUUCUGGCUGACUUUGAUAUCCUCCNNCUGAACGUUGCUGGCUUCCAGAAUGUUGAGCAGAUCGUGGGCAACCGCGAAGCACUGGAGUCUCUACCCAAGGCAUACACACUCAUCCAGGAGAGGGCAAAGCUUUGA